AUGUCAACCUCAUCAACCAAAGAAGAUGGAUACCCAUCUUGGGAAAUGCUGUCGCCUGGGACCAACUCGUCAUUAGUGAACGAUGAUACGAGAUUAGAUCCCACGCUUGACUUCCUGGGAGUUCAAUGGGAGCUGUCGCACUCUACUGUGUCCGAAGCAGUACGGUUCAUGAUCAACGCCACUGAUGAGCGAAGCGGCUCCAAACCUUUCAACCAGGAUGAAUCCUAUGCACAGAGCUCGAUCUGCGAAACUCCAAUCAGCGCUGUUACCAUCUCCAUUCACGAGCUCACGGAAUGGCAACGUAUCUGGAAAAAGGGACAUGACGAUCACUUCUAUAUCUUCAAGACCACUGGUGAAAACGCGUGUGGCUGUAAGCCUGAGGAUGCUCCAGCCAGUCCAACACUUACGAUCACUGCUCCCGAGGGUAAAUUCGUGACGAUUGGACAAUACGUCCAAGAAGUAUUUCCAUGGCUGCGGAGUCUCGAGCGGCAGAUCAGGGAAGCGAUUGGACAGUUUGACGGUCCUCUCGAUCCAGAAUGGAACCUCGUGCCCAUGCCAUUGAUAGAUCGUAUAUUUAUCUAUAACGAUAGACUUGGAGCCGAUCUAGAAGCAAUGGAAUACGCCUCGAAGCAGCGCGAAAAGGUUGCCGUGCGCAAACUAUGUGACGGCGUAUUCGAGAGAAAUCCCAGCUAUAUUGGAGCGACCGACCGUCCUUCCAUGAAGUCAUACCUGCCUUUGACAGCGCCGGCACAGAUGCCGCUCUCGUUGGAAUUCUUUCGACUGCGAUGGACCUUGUCAUCGGAUCCUGACGAACCCGCCGUGUUCGUCGUCGACGAUCCUGUCAACACUGCUGAAGCCGGCAAUGGAGAGGAAUACACUCCCGAGAACCCAAUCGCCGCUGCAUCGAUCGGCGAGCGGCCGAUCUCUGCGGUGGUCGUCUCGGUGGACGUGCUCGACCAGUUCUACGAUGCAUGGUGCAACUUGCACUCCGAAGAUGACCCAGCGCCCGACUUCGACAGCAAACCUCGUCCACCAAACUGGCGACGGCGCUGUAUAGCCUGUAACGAAGACUCUCCCCGGCCUGGCCCUGGUCCCCGACUAUUCCUCCAAGCGCCGUCUCGGUACCAUUUCAUCACCAUCGGUCAUUAUGUCAAGGAAGUGCUUCCUUGGCUACGAAAGCUAGAACCCCAGAUCCGACGAGCAAUUGUCAAAGGAACACAGACAGUCAGCACAUAUGAAGCUCUGCAACCGGAGUGGGAUGUUAUCCCAUUCAUCGCCAAUUGUGCACUGAUACAGAUUUGUCAUAACGAGCCAAAGUAUGGCCGGCAAACCCUGCAUGGCAUGAAGAAGAGACGUGCCUUACAGAUCAAGCAGCGUCAACAGGAUGCAAAUGCAUGA